CACCACAGUCAAGUUGUGCAGUUUACGAUGGAAAUGGAUGCAACAGAAACUAACCAUGAUGUGCUUUUAGAGGUAACCGAACUCAGAGACACAGAGCAAAAACGACCGGGCAAAUUCCAGCCCUUCAGACGGCUGUUUGGGAAGAAGAAGAAGAAACGGGAAGUUAAAAGGAGCUUUGAUGGAACAGAGCUAAAAGCAAGUUAUUCAAUUGGAGAAGUGUGCAGCGGAGUCGUGUCUGACAAUGAGGAGUCUAAUAAAAAUCUGAGGGACCUAAAUCCCAUCGGAUCUCGAGCUCUGUCCUGCGACAGCAUCUUUACCCCCGAAGAGCCAUUGGAGGAACUCACCCUCGAUCACAGCAUGUCCCAGGAAAACGUGUCAGAUAAAGUUAGGAACCUCCAGAGGCAGAUAGCACAAGGUAUAAAGUUUGGCCAGAGGCCUCUGUCUCUUCGUAAAAGUGAGGAAGGUGAGGGAAGUUCCGAUGAGGAGGAGGUUCCCCGAAGCCCUCUGAAGGUUUUGGUCCAGGUAGAAACUGAGCCACCAAAAAUGGAACCAAAGGUCCAAGGAGCUCAAUCAUUUGGGCAGCACAGCCCGCCGGUGAAGUCUCCAAGGUCCAAACGGGUUCUCCCGCCAAUGGGAACCAUUGAGUCUAUCAAUCUUGAUGCUGUCCCCCAGUCUGUUCCUCGCCUGGACAACACUGCUGCCAAGCAUAAACUCUCGAUCAAACCGAAAAACCAGAGGAUUUCCCGCAAACACAGACGGUUCACCCUGGACCUCCAGGAGGUGUCUGUUCCUGGGGACAUACAGGAGGACCUGGAGGCAGGCGGCGUGUUCUUAGACGACCAGCGCAGAGCAUCUCUGGAGUCAUCCAAAGAAAGCUUGAAGAAACAGAGACUUUAUGAAGAAGACAUACUGGAGGCCAGAAGGAGAAGGGAGAUGGAGGAACAAAGGCUCAGAGAAGAAGCUGAGCAGAGGAAGAUGAGGGCAGAGGAGCUGAGGCUGCGAGAACUGGAGGAAGAGAGGAGACAGCAAGAACAAGAGAGGAGGAUGAGAGAGGAGACAGAGAGGAGAGAGAAAGAGGAGGAGGAGCUGAGGAGAGUCAGAGAAGAGGAUGAAAAACUGAGAGAGGAGGAGGCUGAGAGACAGAGAAAAGAGGAGGAGGCUAGAAGGAUGGAAGAGGAGCAAGAAAGGAGGAGGCAAGAGGAGGCUGAGAAAAUAAAAAGAGAGGAGGAGGAAAGGAAGAUGCAUGAGGAAGCGGAGAGGAUGAGAAUAGAGGAGGAGAAAAGAAAGGUUAGGGAAGAGGAGAGGAGGAAAGAAGAAAAACAACAAAUUAAAAAGCUGGAAGAGGAAAGGAAAAAGCAAAAAGUGCAGCAUCAACAGCAAGUAGAUAGGAGACAGCUAGAAGAGCAGAAGCAAAGGGAAGAAGAAGAAAGGAAGAGACUUGAAGAGGAAGAAAGGAGGAAGAGAGAGGAGGAGGUGGCAAAGGGGCAACAGGAACAUGUUGAAGCAGAAAAGCGCAAAAAGCAAAAGGAGGAAGAAGAGGAAAGAAAUAAAAAGGAAGAACAGAAACUAAGGUUGAGAGAGAUGGAGCACAAGAAACUACUGGAAUUGGAGGAGCAGAAGAACAUAUUGACAGAAGAGGCUGCUGCGAGCUAUGAUGAACAGGUGAGGAAGCGAAGAGCGGAGGAGCAGCGUUGGAGGGAGAUGGAGGAACGACAAAGACCUUUCACCUUCAAGGUUUCCUCUGGAGAGAAACAAAUUCUCUUCCAGAAGGUCAACCUGACCCCUGUUACACCAGCCUCCAGCCACCAGAGCACAGCUGACGCUGAUCAAAGAGAAGGAGCUGCAGCCUCCUUACUGGAAGGACAAGACCCCCCUAACCUUCCAGCAUCACCAUAUGUCCCCCACACAGCUAUCCUGGUGACAGGCGCCCAGCUCUGUGGGACAGCUGUCAAUUUAGACCAGAUCAAAGACCCUGCAUGCAUGUCCCUGCUAGGUUUAGGAGAAGAAAGAAAGGCCCAAGGAACACCUUCUGCAAAGAGCAAAAGCUCACCGGACCGCAAGUCAGUGAAAUCCAAAUCGCUCAGUGAGUCUUCAUUCUCCACGGAUCAGUCCAGCUCAGCCGUGCUAGCAGAGUGGGCGAGCAUCCGCUCAAAGAUAUUUAAGGGAGUAGAGGAGGGGAAAUAUGACGAGUACCCAGACCCUCCAAGCAGAUUGCAGCUGGGUAGUGAAGAGCAGGCUCCCUUCUCACACACCAACUUGAGAAAAACAAUGUCCGCCAGUGCCAAGUUCUCCAUAACCCCUGCAAAGAAAAAGUUUGGCUCAAACAGAAACUCUGAGGUUUUAAGUGCAGAUAAGGUUGGAGAAGAAGAAAAGGUUCUAUCUGAUAGUCCCACAGCAGCCACUUGGUCUCCAUCUGGUAAACCUCACAGCCUGACAAGCAAAACUGUCUGGGCUGUAGAGAGAGGUUCAGAGGAGUGCAUGUUUGCCAAAGACCUCCCGUCUUUCCUGGUUCCUAGCCCUGGGGACAGACCUGAGGGCUCCGAUGUAAAGAGUCGGCUUCAGUGCAAGACAGAAGAGGAUGAGGCAAAAGCGCAGGAUGGUGAAGAUAACCCAUCACCUUUUGGAAUUAAGCUGAGAAGGACUAACUACUCUUUGCGUUUUCACAGUGAGCAGUCCACAGAGAAAAGAAAGAAACGCUACAGUGCUGGAGACAGCUUUGACGGCGUCCCUUCACCUCUCACCCCAAUUGAGCCAGACUCUGAUGCCUCCUCUGUCUUUUCUGACAAAUCAAGUCCUACAUCACCUCAGAAAGAAGGAUUAGUAAGCAAGUUUUUACACACAUCAGCCUCUCCUGCCACAACCUGCGGUAAGCCGGGCAAACCUACCAGCCCCACUGCUCACAACGAAAGAGAGAAAGCCCUUUUCAAGCCGCCACUCUACCGAAGACCAGCAACAUCACCCAAACCCUCUGCAUCCACCCCAACACCUCCUCCUUCUCCGCUGCCUAAAGUACCCCACAGGUUCCCCUGUGACGAUGUGAUCCAGAGGACAGGGAGCCCAGAUUCAUCUGUACAAGAGCAAACAGAUAGAAGCGAGGAACCAGUGGCCCAGCUGCACAGAGGGAGCUACAUUCAUGUCCAAGGAGAGGAGGAACCAAAGGAGAAGAGGUCUUUCUUCCCUUCCAUCAACAUCCCGUGGAGAGAGAAGUCAGAUAGGAAGGCAGAGCUCAUCAGGCGAGAAAAACCUUCCUUACAGGCCAGACACUCACUGGACAGUGCAAAGGUCCAAGAAAAAGAAGCUGGGCCCUUAUGGAUAACUCUGGCUCUGCAGAAGCAGAAAGGUUUCAGGGAGCAGCAGCAGACCCGCGAAGAGCGUCGAAGCCAAAGAGAAGCCAAGCUAGCAGAGAAGCAAGCCAGAGAGAGGCACGGUAUUGGGCUGGUGAGUCCAACAGGGGGCAAAGAGAGCUGGGGCACCAGUCCCUCCUUUAAACCUCAGAUACCUGGGGAGCCCAAGAGACCCGACAGCCUGCUGGGACGGCUCGAGCGCAGAGAUCCUCUGAAAAAGGCCAGCACCUUACCGAGCUCAGUCACAGUUGAAAUCUCCGACUCAACACCGUCACCACCUGCUGUCAAGGAUGUGUCAAAGCGUUUUCCCUCCAGCGAUUCUCCCCAGGUGUCCACAGAGCCGGCCUGGCUGGCACUAGCAAAACGAAAGGCCAAAGCCUGGAGCGACUGUCCGCAGAUCAUCAAGUAAACACUCGGACGCCAUUUUAACACAGCAUGCAUUGAGAACGCAUGCUCCCCAUGGAGCCAGAGGACCGCCUUCUCCACUCAUGAAAACCCCUGACACACACUGGCUGCUAUAACUACCAUGUUAAAAGUGUGCUUCAGUUUCAAAUAUUCAAGUAAAGCUGCAGAUAUGUGUAAGCGAUUGAUGAGAGCAUGCAUAUAUAGUAUCCAAUCACACCAAUUCUAUGUCCCCUAGAAGAUAAAUUCCUCAGCAGCUAAUCACAACCAUGGCUGACUUUCACAGUAGGUAACAUUUUUUAUGAUUUUGCAGCUACCAUUGUAAUAAAUUCUAUGCUCCAUACAGGUAAAGCUCUAGGGAUCAGCAGCGCUUUAUCAGCAGAGGGUACCCGUCUGAAUCGUUUUAAGGGCUACCUGUAAAAGAAAAUAGAACCCAGCAUGGCUGGUCCUCUGGACAGCUCCUGGAAGUGUUACAGGCACCUUCUCUGCCCUCUUCCGUGUUAUUUAUGUACAGCAGCAGAUUUAUCUACACUGGAACUGCAUUGUAGCCUUGGUCUAAACCUUGUUUUAUUGUAAAAAGAGGGAAUCUUGUGUUUUUCUUUAUUCUUUUUUUCUUCAAGUCAUAUUGGAAACAAAUCUCACUGUGUCCGUUCUGACUGUGACAAACUGGUUUUUAUCCAAAAUAACAAACUGGACUUAAAGGGAAGCGUGGAGGACACUGAGGGCUCCAAACAACCACGGCUGUGUAAAAAUGGACUUUAGAGACUAACAACACCUGCUACAGUUCUUCUGGCAUGUCGUCCUGUAGACUUGCACCUUCUCUUCUUUGAUCCAUGUGAUCCAAUCAUAGUAUUAGAGGCAUUAUGGAAAAGCAAACUUAUUUGUUCUCUUUUCCUUCGGUCAUGUGUAAGUAUAUAUUCGCACUGAAAGGAGCCCAGGAACCUGAGUCACUUUGUUUCUAACGUUGGUCGUGCACAAUAGUGUGGUGUACGCAGUGUUAUCUGUAACAAGAAAAAAAAAAAAAUGGAACAAUGUUUGGUAUUAUUUGCACUUUUUGUCCCACUUGGAGAUAUUCAUGAGAAAGU